ACAUCAAAUAAAACUGAGGAAAAGCCUCCACCUGGAAGUCUUAGCACUCCUGUACUCUGGACUCACCUGGCUUAUCAGUGAGGCAGAAGACUUUCACCAGCAACACACCUAAGGAGUGUUCUGCAAUAGAAGUAGGAGUUGUACUGAAAGGAUUAGCAAAAAAAAGGAUUAAAUCUCCACAGACUAAACACUCACUGAAGCAGCUGCAUAGAUGAAGAUCGUAUUAUGCUUUUAAGCUUCACCACCUCCUAAGGAUCAACUGGCAAACAAAGGAGGAGAAAGAAGGCAACAAAAAGACUUUUGAGGAUUUUUGAAAAGAACAAAUAAAAACAUUUAGGUAAAGCAGAUUUGCCAAGAUGCCACUUAGAACAUCGUUGUAUCGAAAGCAACCCUCUGGUCGCUGGUCCAGCAGGAACUCCAAGCGGAGGGAGGUGCUGUCUGUCAACAUGAUAAGCCUGCCAUUGGCUGAUUUCCGCCACAUCUCCCAUAUUGGAAAUGCCCAUACAGACAGCUUUGGAGAUCUGUCCUUUCUACAGAUGGGCCACAGCCUGCUUCUACAAAGUUCCCAGAGCGAGCAGAACCUCUUCAUGGCCUGCUCACCACCUCCAAAGCCCCCCCGUCUGAAUCUGGAUGAGAGUGAGGGUUCAGAAAGCCCCGACUGGUCAGCGGAUCAUCACAACACCUACCAGAAGAGGAAGAAAUGCAGCUCUAUGCCACUACUGGACAGUGAGGAAGAAGAGAAAAAGACAGUGGAUGGGUGCCAAAGAGGGAUUAAUGUUGCUUCCAAUCAGAUUCACAGUUGUGGACGGGGCAGUGUGAGUUCAGACAAGGAUGGAGAGUUUACAGAGUCUUGUGACAAAAUUGACGGACAGCAGAAAGACGAGGACAGUGGCUUUUCAUUCAGCCUUGACCUGGGCCCUUCAAUCCUGGAUGAUGUUCUCCAGGUGAUGGACAAACUACACAAUUAGAUGAGAUAGUAGUCCAAAGUUGCACUGAGGUUUAAUUAAAGAUUUUGAAUAUGGAGAAGAGAUCCAAGUGGUCACUCCUGUUGGGGACAAACUCCUGAUUUUAUGGACAAACUACUGAUGUGAUGGUUAACAUUCAAAUAAAUCUGGGGAUAUUUAUGAUCCCAGUGUACUGCGCAGGGACAAAUAACAUUUUUCUCUUUCAAAGAGCGCAAGACAUUGUGCUUAGUGAACAUUGUUGUUCGCAGCAUUUGUUGAAAAGCAAGCGUAGUUCUGUUAAAAGGCGAAAACGGACAAGCACACAAAGUUAAUGUUCUCCCUGUAUUCACCCCUUGCAGGGUUAGAGACAAUGUUUAAGUUAAUCAUUGAACUCUGAUGUCGAACUCUGAGCUGGACAUUUUCAUUUCAUUACAUUUCUGCUUUGCUUUUGUAAUCCCUCAAACCACGCAGCACAGCACGGAAGACGGCUGUUAAGACUUAAGAGUGUUGUGUUUAAGAAAAGAAAAGCGACGGCUGGAAUCCAAGGUCCUCGAGCUGUGAUGUCUUGGCUCUUGGUGUGUUCGCCAAUCUAUUGUGUGCACAGGGCAAUUUUUACUCCGCACGCAUCUCAGAGGCCCCACUCAAAGGUAGACCAAGGUACCCCCCAUCUCUCAUUCCAACAAUGUAGUAAAAACAAACACUUAGCUCUGCUUCCAAUAAAAGCCAGCCAGUGGUGGCAAGUUGGGCCGCAGACCAAGCAAGGCCACAGGUCCAAGACCUCAGAGGAAGAAAAAAAUGGCAGAGCAGGCUGUUUUCUUAGCUGCAAAUCAGAGUCCAAUGCUCUGGUGGCGCAUGAGAAGGAAAAGUGGUAAAGGGUAACAUGACACUUCCACAUAUGUAGGGGGUGUCGAGGGAGGAGGACCAGAGACAUCCAUUAUGGCAGCAAAAGUCCUGAUGAGGGUUUAAACACUACCUUCUGACCAAACAGACAUCUGACAUGCAAAAAAUACAUGCUGCAUCUCACAUACAGGGGCACACAAGAAAAGAAAAGCACUGAUAUUUGUGCGGACAAUCUCGACGCAUUGUUCUUCAGUUUACAGAGGAGAGAGUCGAGUCAGAGUCUCAGUCCGUGCCUUUGUAGGGGGUUGCCACGAUGCACUGUGGGACAAACCCAGAACAAGUCAAAUUCCUGAGAGCCCCACGGGUCAUGCUGCAAAAUAUACGAACCACAAGUUUCCCGCUUCAAGCAAUAGAUUUAGAAUUCCAUGUAUGUGCAAACAGA